AUGGCCAUCCUCCAGACACUUCAGCACAAGGCGUCGCUGGGCCGCCUUCGCAAGGCCUCCAAGGUCUCCGCCGACGCGGCGCGUCCGACGGUCGUGCCGCCUCUCCCAACCGCGCCAGCAGACACAGAUCGCGGCACUGAGAUCCUAUCGCCAGAACUGCCCACCACUUCGCCCAACCCGAACGGCUUCAAAUUCUGGCGCAAGCGCGCCCCAUCCCCCAGCCCCAGCCCGGAGGCAAGCUACGUCCCCGCCCUCCAGAAGACCAAGAGCAUCCUCCGCCGCCGGCCGUCGCGUUCCGCGAGCGACGACGAGCACGAGACGGCCCGCGUCAAGUUUGGCAACCGCUCGCCCAGACCUGGGUACCACGCGCCUCCGAGUGCAUUCCGCGCCGAAUCGGCCUCCCCAACCCCGCCCCUGCCCAUCCCCUCGCCUUCCCUCUCGGCCGGAUCGGUGCGCGACAGGGCGUCGCCCUCGCUGUCCGCGCACACACCUUCCCCUGGCCGGCGUACGUCGAGCCUCCCAUCCCCGGCACUCACUGUCGGUUCAGCCAACUCUGCAAGUUCGACUGGCUCGUACUUCCCUCUAGGGACACCAAACUCGCACUCGCUGUCACCCCAGGCAUACGUCCCCUCCACUCCGAUUCAGGCGCGCUCUGGGUCUGUCUCCUCGCGAGGAUCUACCACCCCGCGCGACUCGACGCCUUCUCCUGUCGGAGGCUCGCGCCUCUCGACCGCGUACGCUGCCGUGCCCGAGUCACCCGCCGACGCUGCAUGCCGGCCGUACACGCCCGUCGCGCGCGGCGCGCCGCCGCCCGUCACAUACCGCGCAACCCGUCCUACAUCCAGCGUGAGCACGAGUAGCCAGAGCACGGUGCGCGCUGCGCCGCAAUCACAGAGCAGACCUGUUAGCAGCAUGUCGUCGACGUCGUCGCGUGCUCGCCGUGUCAGCUCUAGACCCCAGAUGCGCUCGACCAGAAGCACAAGAGCCUCCAUUGCCUCGAUCUCGACGUUCGCCUCGUCGUCUUCGACUGGCCACUCUUCAUCCCCGGGCAUGUCGCCAGUGUCCAAUAACGGCCACUUCGCCACAGUUUCGGGUCACCCGUCGUACGCCUACGCCUCCAGUGUUGCCAGCCACGGCUACAGUCCCGUGUACAGUGGGCCGCAGGCGUUCACUUUUCCUUCCAAUGGCCGCUCUUCCGUGACACCGACGCCAACCACGCCGCCUAAGCACACCAGCUCCCUGCCGCCAGGCGCUGCCGACGACGUGCCGAUGUUCAACGUCAUCCCUGCGACUCCAGGCGCAGCGGAGGAGGACGCUGUGGCCGACCAGCCAACCCACCGGCGAAGCACAUCCUCUGAGCGGCAGCGCCGCCGCAGCGCGUCGAUGGAGCGCACGCUCGAGGUCAUGCACGAGGAGGAGGAGGAAGUCGAAGAGGCCGUCACGGCGCGCAAGCUCGACUUUGACCUGGACGAGUUCAAGCAGUCGCCGCGAUUAAACGACGGUCUGCUGGUCGGAUCGCCAAUCCACCUUAACACUGUGUCACUUGAAGAGUUGGAUCUGAGCGACACCGAGUCGGACACGGGCACUGACGAGACCGAGGUGCGCACCGAGGAUGAGACUGUAGCAGUUCGCAACCUCUCGGUUGCACUUCAGCCCGUGCCGGCGCCGCCUCCCCGAUUCCCCAAGUCGCCAAAGCGCCACAUGGCGUCACUGUACCAGGCUCAUGACGACGGCCGGUCAAUCUCGCAGUCGCUUGCCGAGCUCGCGGCCCUUGCUUGCGAUCUUCCGCCUCUAGACGAAGAUAUGACGAUGAUGGCCAAUACAGCUGCCCGCCGCCUGGCGGAGGCCAGAGCCACCGUCGACGUUUCCGAGCCGGUCUUCGACUACUCUUCGCCUCGCCCGGUUUCGGCGGCCCCGGUGAUGAUGACCAACUACCGCCCGCCCGUGAAGAAGGCUUCGUCCACCUCGCCGCCAACUCGCGUUCUCCCCCAGGUGCCCAGCGAGGACGCCGAGUUGAGGCGCAAGACGAUUGCUGCACCUCCUCAGGUUCCCCUUCCCCCCACGCCCAAGAGCUACAGCUCGCAAGCUUCGCUCCCGUCGCUCAUGUCGCACGCAAGUAUGCCCUCCUCGUCCUCGGAUUGCACCGCGUCCUCGUGGAACUCGCAGCGCUCGAUCACGUCGUCGCCCGAGUCGGACAAGCUCGACCUGGCGUUUGACCACAUGAUGAUUGGCUCCGAGCUCCCAGACAACCCGGGUCUUGGACUUGGCCUCGGCCUUGGUCUCGACCUGAACGAGACCAAGCCGGCCAUUUCCGUGUCCCCAGCAGACGACGGCGAUGUGCGCGUGCGCCCGAACUCGAACCGCAUGUCGAGCUGGCAUCCUCACCGUGUGGCGCUGUACGGCACGCCGGAGCUUGGCCGCAUCGGCGAGCGCGACUCGUACUGCUCGGUCAGCACUGUUCGGCACACGCCGCACGGUUCGAUCUCGAGCAUCAGCCUGAUGAGCGAGAUGAGCGACGACGAGGCGCUCAACGCGCAGGUCGUCGACAUUACGACGUUGGCGCAUCCAUACGUCGUUGGGAGGCGGGACGCGCGUGCGCACGAAGUCGGUGUCGCGUUCUAG